AUGAGUCCAAGCAGUCUAUCUGGGCGUUUCCUCAUGCUGCUAAGUACUGUGGUGGGCCUGGGCGUGGGCUUGGAGUUCACUGGCUCCGAGGGCCAGUGGGCUCGCUACCUGCGCUGGGACGCCAGCUCCAUAAGUGACCUGACAUUUCAGUUCAAGACCUCGGAACCGGAAGGCCUGCUGCUCUACUUCGACGACGGGGGAUACUGCGACUUUCUGCUGCUCACCGUGUCCGAGGGUAGGCUCCAGCUCCACGUGAGCAUCGACUGCGCCGAGACCACCAUCGGCUCGGAGAAGAUGGUCAACGAUAGCCGCUGGCACUUCGCCACCAUCAACAGGCACAAUCUGUGGACUGGCCUGGCCGUGGACGGCCAGACCAAGACAGGAGAGGUGCGGCCCCAGCGACAGUUCAUGAAGAUUGUAAGUGACCUCUUUCUCGGGGGGCUCCCGGGUGACAUUCGCACGUCCGCCAUCACCCUGCCCUCUGUCCGUGAGCUGCCCCCAUUCAAAGGAAUUAUCACCGACCUCAGUUAUGGGAGUAAGCUGCCCACUCUAAUCGAGAGUCAGAAAGUACGGCUGGAGAUGAUGGGCCUUUGCACGGAGAACCCCUGUGAGAACGGUGGGAUCUGCUCACUGGCAGAUGGAGAAACCUACUGCGACUGCUCUAAAACUGGAUAUGUAGGUCGAUACUGCACUGAAGAUGAGUAA